AAAUAGGCUCGAGCGAUACAAUUCUCACUCACUCACGAAUCACAGCAAGCAACUAAGAGAUAGAGAGAGAGAGAGAGAUGGCGAUGAGGCGUGUUGCUGCUUCUGGGCUUCGGGCUUUUGCUUCUUACGGGAACCCAUCCCUUCUCACCCGACAACUUCACGCUUCUCCCGGGAGCAAAAAGAUCGUCGGUGUUUUCUACAAAGCAAAUGAGUAUGCUUCGAUGAAUCCCAAUUUUGUAGGUUGCGUGGAGAAUGCGCUGGGAAUUCGUGAUUGGUUGGAAUCCCAAGGUCACCAGUACAUAGUCACUCCUGACAAAGAAGGACCUGAGUCUGAGCUGGAAAAGCAUAUUCCUGAUCUACAUGUGCUGAUAACCACUCCCUUUCAUCCUGCCUAUGUCACGGCUGAAAGGAUCAAGAAAGCCAAGAAUUUGCAGCUGUUGCUCACUGCAGGCAUUGGUUCAGAUCACAUAGAUCUCAAUGCUGCAGCUGCUGCUGGGCUGACGGUGGCAGAGGUCACUGGAAGCAACACAGUCUCGGUUGCAGAGGACGAACUGAUGCGUAUCCUCAUUCUUGUUCGAAAUUUCCUGCCCGGGUACCAUCAGGUCAUCAAAGGGGAGUGGGACGUUGCGGGAAUUGCUUACAGAGCUUAUGACCUCGAGGGGAAAACUGUUGGGACGGUUGGGGCUGGUCGGAUUGGGAGGCUUUUACUCCAGAGAUUGAAGCCUUUCAACUGCAAUCUGCUGUACCAUGAUCGUCUCAAGAUGGAUCCUGCAUUGGAGAAGGAAAUUGGGGCAACGUUUGAGGAAGACCUUGAUACUAUGCUGUCAAAAUGUGACAUUGUUGUCAUCAAUACCCCUCUAACAGACAAAACAAAGGGAAUGUUUGACAAGAACAGGAUUGCUAAGAUGAAGAAGGGAGUGUUAGUGGUGAACAAUGCUCGGGGCGCAAUCAUGGACACUCAAGCAGUUGCUGAUGCUUGUUCCAGUGGACACAUUGCAGGCUACAGUGGCGACGUUUGGUACCCACAACCAGCUCCCAAGGACCAUCCAUGGCGAUACAUGCCAAAUCAAGCCAUGACGCCCCAUAUUUCCGGGACAACCAUUGAUGCACAGCUGAGGUAUGCUGCAGGAACUAAGGACAUGCUGGACAGGUAUUUCAAGGGUGAAGAAUUCCCUGCCCAGAAUUACAUUGUGAAGGAUGGUCAAUUGGCUAGCCAGUAUCGUUGAACUGCUUCGGCAUGAUGCUGUGUUGUUGGUGGUGUUUUGUUGAGAAUGUCAGUAAUAAAUGGGCCCUUAUCUACAGUGUCUUUCAGAACACUUGUAAUGUGAGAAAAAGGAACAUUUCUCUGUUGUGGCUUUCAAUCCCAUCUUCUGAUCUCUUGAAAUUAAAUUAUCACCCAAAAUGUUCUGGAUAGCCAAAUCAAAUUCUGGAUAUAUUAUUUAAAUUAAACA